CGUCGCUUGAUGUUCAUCCCUCAGCGCAAGACAAAAUCAAAUUUCUUUGCCAAUCUGUCGACAGAAGUUAUUUUCAUUAUUUUUGUGUGAUAAAACGAGUGAAUAGAAUUUACAAUUCAACACAGGUUUCUCUUUCAAUUUCUAUACAAAUGCCACAAGAAUAAAAUAAAACUCAGACAGGCACACAUCCCGAGCUGUGACAAAAAAUCUCUUUUUCCCAACUAUAGGAAAUUUAAUGUCGUCAUAAUAGGAACGAAUCACAAGUCAACAAAUUCGACGCUUACCUUCAAGGAUACUCGACCGCUGAAUUCGAGGUGUUUGUGUGUGUAGCAUUUCAUUUAAAAACCGUCACGUUGGAAGGGAAAAUAUUUUCGGCGGUGAACAAUUUCGCCAAAACGCUCACUGCAUCAACAAAGGAAAUCAGGCAACUAAUGCAGACUCGACAUAACAAUGAGCGGAAUGCAGCGACUACCGAUUAUGAGAAUAAUAUCGAGCAAUUGGACGCGAUAUCGGAUGCAAGCAGUGUAAUGCGAUACGCUUGCGAUGGCAGUCAAGAAAUUUCUGUUGAAUCGCCGAUCCCAUGUCGCAGCGCUGGCUCCAGCACGGAUGGAGUGUUCUUUUCAACGUCAUCGGGGCGAAAAGUUAUGGAUAACCGUCGAUUGAUAUCAAAGAGUCAAAUGAAAGAAUUCCGUGAAGCAUUUCGUUUAUUUGACAAGGAUGGUGACGGUUCAAUCACCAAGGAAGAAUUGGGUAGUGUUAUGCGUUCUUUAGGGCAAUUUGCGAGAACAACAGAAAUAACAGAAAUGCUGUUAGAAAUUGACAUUGAUGGUGACGGAAAUGUGAGUUUCGAAGAAUUCGUCGAUAUAUUGUCAAAUAUGACAGAUGCUACGGCUGAGUCGUCAGCAGACCAAGAAGAACGUGAGCUACGUGAUGCUUUUCGUGUUUUUGAUAAACACAACCGUGGUUAUAUCACUGCAUCGGACUUAAGAGCCGUUCUACAAUGCCUGGGAGAGGAUUUAGAUGAAGAUGAAAUUGAGGAUAUGAUCAAAGAGGUUGAUGUCGAUGGUGAUGGCCGUAUUGAUUUUUAUGAAUUUGUUCAUGCACUUGGCGAGCCAGAAGACUCACAGGAAAAUGAAGAAGACGACGAACUAUUUUCACCACUUCCAGUCAUUAAAUCCAUUACAGCAAACGAUUGUGACGAUAAUCUAUCGCAAUAAACUGGGUCAACGAUUGGCGUACUACAAAUGCACUUUUUUCAAUUUUCAUCGAAACAAUGAGCUCAAAGUCUAUCAUUAACAUAAGAUCAAUUAUUAACGUUUACUCCAGUCAAUGAACCCAUGACAUAGUGACACACACACACACACACUCCCCGUAACAUUUUGGAAUAAAUUUACUACUUGUGCUUCAUUUUUGAUCUAACCUAUGCAUAUCUGUUGUCAUAAUCAAUUUUGAAUAGAUAACACAAUAACCUCACCAUAUAUUUAGCUCAAUUGCUUCGUACUCAAUAAACUUUUUGCAUUCACAACCUCCUUUUGAAUACAUUAUUCUCCAUUUUUUCCAAGAAUGUAGCGAAUUCAUGAACAAACAAAUAAAUAAUUCUUAUGCGUGUAUUUUUCUUCUCAUCAAA